CUGUCCCUGUUCAUUCGCAGCUCACAAGUCGAAACUCGGGUCGACCGUUGCUGGCGGAUCCCCUUUCAAAUUUCGAACCCCUCUUCCUCCGACCAGUAUAACUCCAAAUCGAAACCCAAACCAACCAACCCCAACCCAAUCCAUCCAUGGACGAGAGAGAGACGGCGAACCCGAUGGCCAGGAGAGCGGGCACUCCCCCCGCCACCCCCACCAACGUGACCCCCUGCUCCACCGCCUCCUCAUGCUCCUCCAACUCCGACCCCGCGGCGGCGCGGACGCCGGCGCCCUCCAUCGUCGUGCCGUGGGCCGGCGCCGACGGCGGCGGAUGCUACUACCCGGGCUGCCGCAAGGACGCGAACUGCGCCUGCGAGAUCUGCCUCGCCAGCAUCAACGCCACGCGGGAUCUCCUCCCGCCCGAGGCCGCCUCCGCGCGGAGGUGCUUCGCCGCGGCUCUGAGGGACCGGAGGCCCAGAUCGCGCCCGCUCUUCCUCGGCCGCGACACUGCGACGCCCGGGUCAGCGGUGACGGAGCCGUGGACGCCGCCGAUGCGGUCCACGGCGAAAUCGAGGAGGCCCUGGCAGGUGGCGCGUGAGGCGGCCGCCGGGGGCGGGAGGAAAGGCGUGGGGUCCCCGUCGCCUGACUGGGCCCUCUACGCGGCGACGAUUCUUGGGUUCUUGUUUCUGCUGUGGGUGGACACGGGGCUCGUCCCGGAGGUCGCGGCGAGGGGGUUCGGCCCGAAGCUGUCGCCGGAGGCCGUGGCGCAGAUGGGUGCAGAGGCGCGCCUCGCGCCUGCCGGCCUGGGUCACGCGUUGCGCGUCGUGGAGCGAAGGGUCGGGCAGCUCGUCGGCGCCGAGCGGAUCUCCAAUUGCAGCUUGCCGGAUUCCGUCUGGCGACUCGAACAGAAUGAUCAGCAUGUGUUCCACUGGCGCUGCGCGGUGUACAAGUCGACGGCAGAGGAGGUGAGCGUCUGGGGGAGCCCGCUCCGGGCCUCCGGCCUCCUCCCGUCUGCGCUCUCAGCGCGGCACCUCACCCUCCUCUCUGGCAUGAUCACCGAGUGGUCUGACGGGAAGGUGUGGCCGACGGUGAGGACGAGCAAUGGGACCUCCUGGAGCUACCGGGGACGGAGGGCCGCGGCUGUGCAGCUGGAGCCCGAGACGUGGAUGCUGGAGUACCAGAGGAGUGUGCUGUUCGAGGGGACACGGCUGUUGCCGGCUACCAUGGAGCUUCUGAUGUCCAGGUGCUCGACAAUGGCAAAGCGGGCACAGCGGAAGCUGUCCAAGCGACGGUUCUACGGUGGCGCCGGCGGGAUCCAGUCCAACCCAACCUGACUUUCAGUCGGGAUUCAGGCGAACUCAACUCGUUUAGCUUUAGGUUCAUCUCAUUUCCUGUGAGAUUGAUAUGGAUAUUCAGUGCUCUUUCGGUUGUACUAAGUACUAAUGAUGUGUACUACUAUCUGCUACUGUAUUUGAUUAGAUUUACUCCCUGGUCUGGCUGAUCGAAGCACCUCUAUUAGGAAUCCAAAAGCCUCAAGGUUUGAAAAUACAAUCGGAUACAGUAGUAUAAUUCUAA